AUGACCGCGGCAGAGUGUAGCCGCCUAAAAUCCCUACCUAUACAACUACUGCACAAUGGCCUCCCCGCUGGAAAGUUUGCCUCAGAGCUACUUGUGAAGGCGGGACUUUCUCCGGAAGAUGCCAAGUCAAUGGCCGAUUGUUUGGUGAUGGCGGAUGUUCGGGGCGUGGAUACUCAUGGAUUGGCUCGGCUACCUCAAUACUUGGAUCGUGUCAGCAAUGGCCGCGUCAAGGCAAAUCCAGAGUUCAAGCUGACCGAGAAGACACCCGUUGUGGCUCAACUAGACGGUGACAAUGGCUUUGGCUUCGUGGUCGCCACCAGAGCAAUGGAGGAAGCUGUGAAGCGUGCUGAAAUAUAUGGCAUUGGAAUGGUUACUGUCAAUCACUCGAACCAUUUUGGCAUGGCCGCCACCUAUGUGAUCCAGGCCCUGGAGAAGAACAUGAUCUCACUUGUUUUCACCAACUCCGCCAAGCAGAUGCCUCCUUUUGGUGGUAAGGAGACUCUUCUGGGCAUCUCACCCUUCGCGGCAGGUGCUCCUUCUAACAACGAGGUGCCUUACAUCCUCGAUAUGGCGCCUUCAGUUGUCGCCAAGGGAAAGAUUCGUCGCGCCGCCCGUCGUGGUGAAUCCAUCCCACUUGGCUGGGCCUUGGACGCGGACGGCAACCCAACCACCGAUGCCAAUAUCGCCUUGAAUGGAAGCAUGGCGCCAAUUGGUGGCCCCAAGGGCUCUGGGAUUGCUAUCCUGAUGGAUGUGAUGUCAGGUGUCUUGACAGGCGCAGCCUUCGGUGGUGAAGUCGGAGACCAAUACAAGGAUACCAAGCCGCAAAAUGUCGGUCAUUGCUUCAUUGCCAUCAAGCCUGAUAUCUUCAUGACCACGGAUCAAUUCAAGGCUCGUAUGGACACUUUGGUGCAACGUGUCCAUGGUGUUACUCCCGCCCCGGGUUUCAAUGAAGUGCUCUUCCCCGGAGAGCCGGAGCACCGUCUCGGCAUGCAGCGUCGUAAGGAAGGGAUUCCAUAUGCGGAUGCUGAAAAGCAGAUGUUCCUUGAGGCUGCUAAACAGUACGGUGUUUCUGAGCUUCCACUAUCCGAAAGCCCUCUUUCCUUGUCCUGA